CACUUUCCCCAACUUUCAUUUACUUUUUUUAACACAAAUUAAUUCAAAAAAUAUGCAGUACAUAAAAGCCAUUGAAGGCGAAAUGCUAAAACCAACACGUGGAUUAUUGGUCCGUAAUUGGACUGAAGAUGUCGUUAAUUUGGUUCAAUAUCCGCGAACUCAUUCUGUUGUUAAUGCAUCUCCGUUUUGUGUAAAGUUGGAAACUUGGUUGCGUAUUACUGGAAUGAAACACAAGAAUACCGACAACGAAAUGACAAAAGCAUCAUCAAAAGGUCAACUUCCAUUUAUCGAACUUAAUGGAAGGCAAUUUGCGGACAGCAAUUUUAUUAUUGACCAUUUGAAAAGUCAUUUUAAAUUAACAAUAGACGAAAAUUUGAGUGACCGGGAAAAGGCUGAUGCUCGAGCAUUUACUAUUCUUAUUGAGGAGUCGCUCUUUAGAUGUUUGGCAUAUGAUCGAGCAAAAAGUUUUGGAUGGUUAGCAACAGAUAAGGGUAUUUUGCCUUUGCAAGCCCUCCAAAAAUUCUUUUUCCAAAAAAUUCUUCUCAAACAAUUGGAGAAACGAAUUAAGAAUCAAUUACAUGCACAAGGUUAUGGACGUCAUUCACCUGAGGAAAUUGAAGAAAUUGCAAAGAAGGAUUUGACAGCAUUGUCUACACUUCUAGGGGAAAAGUCUUUUAUGUUUGGUGAUAUUCCAUCAACUUUGGAUGCAACGGCUUUUGGUCUUCUAGUUCAAUUUACUGAUGCUCCAAUGACUUCCGAUAAAAUUAAAACUUUUAUGGAACAAAAUACACCAAAUUUGGUUGAAUUUGUUAAGCGAAUCAAAGAGCGUUAUUGGCCAGAUUGGACGCAACUUUGUGAGACUUUGGCGCUCAAUCCUGAGGAUAUUAAAAAGGAAGAGGAGCAAAAGAAGGAAGAAAAUAAGGAGGUGGAGAAUGCUGAAACUCCAACCGCUGCUUUACAACAACCAACGGAGACUGCUGUGCCUACUCAGGCUUAAAUAUAUAAUUCCAAAUAUAAAUUCAUCGAGAAAGAUAAAUUAAAAAUUUUGUUUUUUAAUAAAUACAGUUGGACUCCCUUUUUCAAUUUUGAGAGCUAUUGAUGCAUUUUGGGCGUUUCGUGGGGUCCCAGCAUACAUGUAUUUCAAAAUCUACUCCAGAAACUACUCUCCUGAGCUAUGGGGAUGAUGGGGACUGAAUGGGAUGGGGACUGAAUGGGAUGGGGACUGAAAAAAAAACACCCACUGAAAACUGAUGGGGACUGAACAAAUUGUUAAAUAGCUUAAGAUAUCAUUUAAGAAGCCUCCCUCAUUAAUCUUUAAAAAGCUAUUGAGUUCCAACUGUAUUUUGCAAUCUU